GUUUUGGCGCGCUGGUGUUGAUGGCCGCGUUUGAAUUUCGGGUCCACCUAAAAUCGCUCUCCCGAGGCCAUUAAUGGAGGAAUAACCCCCCGGGAGCUUCGCCAGGUGAGGAUUGACUCGACAGGGUCGCCAAAAUGUAUAUCAAGUCAAUAGUGGUAGACGGCUUCAAGAGCUAUGGGCAGCGCACGGAGAUCAACGGCUUUGACCCGCUCUUCAACGCCAUCACGGGGCUCAACGGCUCCGGCAAGUCCAACAUCCUCGACUCCAUCUGCUUCCUCCUCGGCAUCACCAACUUGAGCCAGGUGCGAGCCACAAACCUUCAGGAGCUGGUGUACAAGAAUGGCCAGGCGGGCGUCACCAAGGCCACCGUCUCCAUCACCUUCGACAACACCGACAAGAAGCAGAGUCCCAUCGGCUAUGACCACUACGCCGAGGUGACCAUCACGCGCCAGGUUGUGAUUGGCGGGCGUAACAAGUACAUGAUCAACGGCAGCACAGUGCAGAACAGCCGCGUGCAGGACUUCUUCCGCUCAGUUCAGCUUAAUGUGAACAACCCGCACUUCCUCAUCAUGCAGGGACGCAUCACCAAGGUCCUCAGCAUGAAGCCGCCGGAGAUCCUGGCCAUGAUCGAGGAGGCCGCCGGCACCCGCAUGUACGAGGCCAAGAAGCAGCAAGCGGAGAGGACCAUCGAGAAGAAGGACGCCAAGCUGCUGGAGAUGUCAACGAUCCUGGUGGAGGAGAUCACGCCGACCCUCACCAAGCUGAAGGAGGAGCGCUCGAUGUACCUGGAGUAUCAGAAAGUGCAGAGGGAGUUGGAGCACCUCACCAAGCUAUACAUCGCCUACAAGUUCGUCACGGCUCAGGAGACAAGUGAGAAGGCGCAGGAGGGGCUGGACGAGGCGAAAAAGGAGAUUCAGGACCUGCAGAAGAAGAUCACUGACGGGGAAGCGGAAGUGAAGAAGCUGGAGAACGAAAUCGUGGCCCUGCAGGAACAGCGCGAUAGAGACACGGGCGAGAAGCUGCAGGAGGUGGAGAAGGUGCUGAAGGAGAAGGAGAAGGCCAGCGUGAUGAAGAGCGCCUCCCUCAAGAACAUGAAGGAGACUCUCAAGGCCGAGGAGAAGAAGAAGAAGCAGCUCGAGAAGUCCCUGGCUGACGACAUAAAGGCGCUGGAGAAGAAGCGUUCGGAGGGGGAGCAGCUGCAGGGGAACUUCGACAGCAUGAGGGCCAAGGACCAGACUGACGGGGAGGCGUUGGCGGCGGCGGAGCGACGAUUGCAGGCCAUUAGCUCCGGCAUGUACUCUGCGGGCGAUGGCGAGGAUGCAACGUUGGAGGAGCAGCUGAUGAGGGCCAAGGCCAGCAUCACCGAAGCCAAGACAGCCACCAAGCAGGCCGAGAUGAAGCUCAUGCACAGCCGGAACGCACUCAAGCAGAAGCAGCAGGAGAUGAGGUCAACGGCAGCACAGUACGAGAAGGACAAAUCCAUUCUCACCCGCAUGGAGAAGCAAGUGACCAACCUCCAGAGUCAGCUGGAGGAGAUGGACUACGAUGACGGGCGUGUGGAGCAGCUGGAGGCGGAGCAGCACGCCCUCAACCAACAGAUCGGCGGACUGCAGGAGAAAGUGGACCGGCUGGAGUCAAGGUACCCACAACUGUGCUUCAACUACAAGGAGCCUGAGAGGAACUUUGACCACUCCAGCGUGAAGGGUCUGGUGGCCAAGCUUGUGGGCCUCCGCGACUCCAAGACUGCCACGGCCCUUGAGGUUGUGGCCGGCGGAAAGCUGUACAACGUCAUCGUGGACACUGAGGUCACAGGCAAGAAGCUGCUACAGAGGGGUCAGCUGCAGUCCCGGGUCACCUUCAUCCCCCUCAACAAGAUCGCCGGCAGGUCCAUUGACGCCCGCACUGUGCACGCCGCUGAGUCCCUGGUAGGGAAGGAGAACGCACAGACGGCCCUCUCGCUGGUGUGCUACGAGUCCGAGCUGCACAAGGCCAUGGAGUGGGUGUUCGGGACCUCCUUCGUGUGCCAGGACAUGGACGUGGCCAAGCGCGUCGCCUUCCAUAACAACGUGAUGCGCAAGUGUGUCACGCUGGAGGGCGAUGUGUUCGACCCGGCCGGAACGCUGACAGGAGGUGCCAGGAAGCAGGGAGGCAGCAUCUUGGCCCAGCUGGACGCUGUGAGAGAGUUCCACAACGAGCUGAACACCAAGACCCAACAGCUGGACCAGGUGAAGAAGCAGCUGCAGCAUCUUCAGAGGUACGCUGACAAGUUUGCCUCGGUGAAACAGGAGUACACGAAACGCAGCCACGAGUUGCAGAUGUGUCGUCAGCGCCUGGAGCAGAGUACACACCACCAGCACCAGGAGGAAGUCAAGAACCUCGAGGACACCAUGAAUGAGUGUGAGGCCACGCUGGAGAGGUGCAAGCAGGUGGACGUGGAGGGCGCAGCGAAGGUGAAGGAGCUGGAGAACAAGAUCAAGAAUGCCAAGGUUCUGAAGGAGCAGGAGAUGAAGGCUGCCAAGGCGGAGCUGGCGAAGUGCAAGAAGGUGGCGGAGGAGACGAGGAGCAAGUGGAACCUCAUGAAACAGGACGAGGAGAGUCUGAAGCUUGAGAUCCAGGAGUUGGAGCAAAGCAUUGAGACGACACAGGGCCAGAUAGCGUCCUGCGUGGAGGUCAUCGGGCAGUACCAGGAGCAGGAGAAGACCCUGGUGGAGGAGGUGGCGGAGUGCAAGGCCGCUGUGGAGCAAGCCCAGACAGCCGUGCGUGAGGCUAAGGACCACCUGAACGCCCAGAACAAGGAGAUCAAGCACAUGGUGGAGCGCAAGGAGGAGAUCGGCAAGGUGGGGGCGGAGGCCAAGCUCGCCCUCCAGCAGCUCGAACACAAACUCGCCAAGAUCAAAACGGAGACGAAGGAAGCGGAGAACCAUGUCAAACACAUGCUCAACGCUCACGAGUGGAUCGCCGAGGACCGCAAGUUCUUCGGCAAGCCCAACACCGCCUAUGACUUCUCCACGAAUGACCCGGUGGAGGCUGGACGCAAGAUCACACGACUAGAGGAGGCCAAGACCCGUCUGUCGAAGAGUGUCAACAUGCGUGCUAUGAACAUGUUGGGGAAGGCGGAGGAGCAGUACAAUGACCUGAUGAGGAAGAAGCGCAUUGUGGAGAAUGAUAAGGCCAAGAUCGAGAAGGUGAUUGAGGAGCUGGACGAGAAGAAGAAGGCGGCGCUGCGCUCGGCCUGGGAACGGGUUAACCAUGACUUUGGCUCCAUCUUCACCAUGCUCCUGCCAGGCACCCAGGCCAAGCUACAGCCACCAGAGGGCCAGGACGUGCUGGAUGGACUGGAGUUCAAAGUGGCGUUCGGUGAUGUGUGGAAGGAGAGCCUGACAGAGCUGAGUGGAGGGCAGAGGUCGCUGGUGGCCCUGUCGCUCAUCCUGGCCCUGCUGUUGUUCAAGCCAGCGCCGAUCUACAUCCUGGACGAGGUGGACGCGGCGCUGGAUCUCUCGCACACGCAGAACAUCGGCAACAUGCUGAGGAUGCACUUCAAGCAGUCACAGUUCAUCAUUGUGUCGCUGAAGGACGGAAUGUUCAACAACGCCAACGUGUUAUUCAAGACCAAAUUCGUGGAUGGCAUGUCAACCGUCACCCGCCACACCCAGCAGAGGAGGUAGAAAGAGCAGAGGCAGUGGCAGGAGGACGGAAAAGUGCAAAUGUCCUCUCGGUUAGCUAGUGGUAAGGUGGAUUAGUGUCAAGAUAAGGGAAAGAAAAGUAUGAAAUGUAAAUAUGAUAAGUUGUAGUAAAGCUGACAUCAAAGUAGGAAGAAGUAGAUAAGUAAACAAAAGGAAUAUGCAAGACACCUCUCCACCCGAAAUUGACCUCUCUUUUGGCUACUCUUUACUUUUAUCGUUCAUAGGAGUGGUGAGUAGCGGGCUUUUUUUUUUUUUUUCAGCUGUGUCCUCUG